AUGUCAAAAAAUGAACUAGAAGGCCUAAAAAAAUGUCGUAACCAAUUUAUUUCGGUGAAUUCAUUUUUUUCCACUAGUACUAGUUAUCGGCAAGCUCUUUCAUUUCUUAAUAUUCCUGAUGACGCAACUGAUCUUGAACCGAUCAUAUUUGAAAUCGUUGCUGAUCCUAAAAUGGUUGGUACAAAACCAUUUGCCGAUAUCAGUCGACAUAGUGAAUUUCCUGGUGAAUCGGAAAUACUUUUCAUGUUAGGCUCUAUUUUUCGUUUAAACAGUGUCGAGCAUAAUGAUAAUGAUCAAGUAUGGGUCAUCAAAAUGACUUUAUGUAGUGAGAACGAUAGUGAUUUAAAAAACGUCCUAUUAGAUAUGAAAGAACAAGUUGAAAGUGAAGAAAUUAAUCUAUACACAUUAGGAAAACUAGUAUGGGACAUGGGAAGAUUCGAUUUAGCUGAAAAAUAUUUAAAUGGUUUUUUGAAACAACUUCCAACAAAUGAUCCAUUGGUUGGUAAACUAUAUGAAGAUCUUACCAAAGUGACAUCGCAAGCUGGUGACUAUGACAAAAGUGUUCAAUGGCGUCAAAAAGCUCUUGAAUUCAAAAAAUCAAAUCAAAAGCUUGUUAGUUUAAGUACUAAUAUCAAAAAAAGUAUUGCGAGUAAGUUUCGAAAAAAGAAAGACAAUCAUUGUAGAAUGAAUACCUCAUAUAAAACAAAAUAUAUAGUUAAAGGGGAAAAAAUUUGAGUGCAUAGAAAAACAACACUUCACUUAAAAUUCGAGUUGAUUUCAUUAGUAAAUACUAUUAGUUUUGCUGCUUAAAAAAUUACUUUAGAUAUUCGACAUGAUUGAGAAUAACGAUCGGAUCAAUACCGAGAUCCACUAUCAUCUUGUCUAAUUUUGAAUCUCCUUUUCUUUGAUGAUCAUCUUUGAAAAUUUGUUUUUUAAAGAUAGCAUUGGCAUAGUUUCGUCGUUGAUAUAUCUCUAUAUCAUUUAAAAUGGUUUUGAGAGAAUCAAAAAUAUUACUUUGUACGAGUAAGAUAUUUACACAAAUACAAAUAUAGCGAUAAUUAUUAAGAAUAGUAUAUAGAUUCUAUUUCUAAUGAAUGACAUUCAAUCCUAUGACUCAUAAGUUCCUUAUAAAUUUUCUCGUGAUGAUGUAUCAACUAUACACUAGUCAAAAAUCUUUUCUCUUAUUAUCGCAUUGUUCACUACUGACAAUUCGAGAAACUAUUCUCUCUUUCAUAUUACCUAGUUUAAAAUUCCAACAAAAACUAGAAGAAAUCAGUGUCUAAGCAAGACAAGAAUUUGAACACGAUAAAUUGACUUUUAUUGUUGUUGAUAGUAUUGUUAGAUACAAAUUAGUUGUUUUAAUUUCUUCCUUAUUUUUCAGUUUUGCUUUUAAGUUGAAUCAUAUAAAUUCGUCUUUUGACAAGCAAGUCUUGUAAUCAAUUGACGGAUGAAACUGAAGAUAAUUACUAACAAUGUAGUCCUUUAUGACUCCUAUCAAUCAUUAUUUUUCUGUUUUGAAAUUCAAAUAGUGAUUGAUAUAUGUGUUCUAAAACGAACGAUUCAUUAUAUGAAAAUAUCAAUAAUUCUGGAGAACGAGAAAUGUAAAUCAUUAAAUUGUUUCUACAUGAAGUUUGAUUUUGCUUUUCAAAGUAAAUUUUCUUUGACAGAAAAUUUCACGUAGAUUAAAUUUUUAUUUUCUUUCACUUGUAAAUAGUUGCUAUCUGCUAAUAGAUCUCUCUAUUAUAAUGAGGAUAAUUUAAACACAUAAACCUGAAGAGUGUAUCUUUAGGUGUUGAUUAAUGACAAGAUAGGCACCAAAUUCACACCCAUCUAGAAUAUUCACACCAGAAAAAAGAAUCCGUACAUGAAUAUUGGUGUAUUCGUGGCAACACCGUAUUAGCUCUGUUGAUUUUGCAGCAAUAUGAUGAACUAGUAUCGAUCGAAAUCUUCUUAUAAAGUGAAACACUACAUUUGCAUGAUUUUGUUUUUGAAAACCAUAAUGUAUUUUGAAAAGAACUUCGUACCAAAUAUUACUAAGCAUUAGGAUCCAUCUGAACUAAAAGGAGAAGAUAUCAUCCUGUAUUUAGCGAAUUUUUUUAGAAGCUGUUGGAAAAAAAUUAAAGUUAUUAGAAAGUCUAUUAAGGGUGUGGGUGUGGGUGUGGAUGUUGUAUGAAAUUCACGCCCACACUCGCACCUUCGACGAAAUCAUCUUAUUCUUUUGAUUCAGUAGAUAAUUCGACUUAUCUCCUAGGUUUUAUUAAACUUUAAAAUUGUCUAAUCUUAUUCAACUCGUGAUGGCUAUGAUAAUUAACAAAUUUUUUACAAUGAUUUGAUAAAUAACUUCAGUUUAGAGGUGAUUAGUUCACAUUUGCGAAAAAUAUUUAAAUCUAUUCUUAACUUAAAAUUUAAGAAAUUUAAAUAUAAGGUAAAAUAACAAAAAAUAGUCGCUCUAACUUUAGUGACCAUUGAGUUCUGCCAUGUAAAAGUCUAUCUUUUCUAGAAGAAAUAUAAUUAUAAUAGUGCCAUUCUGAGUCGAGUCUAGUCAUCCCAAGGAGAGAAAUAGUAGACUUCUCGAUAUGAAGUUACUUUGCGCUACUUCAAGUUGUUUUAAGCUACUUGCUCCCACUUUGGGCUAUUUGGAUGGCACUUUGAACUACUUCAAUUAGUCUAUUUUGACCUACUUUGACAUACUUUUCUACUUAAAGCACGCUGUUUCUCCCUUGGAUCAUCCACUGGAUGACGCAAAUGAACUACAAAGUAGUUCGAAACAAUUGAAUUAAAAAAUAAUUCGAAAUUUUUAUAAUAUAUACAUAUUUAUAUAAAUAUAUAUAUAUAUAUAUAUAAUUAUAAUGAGUUUAUUAAAAUCUGUCAGGGUCUACUAAGGUCUCGAUGUGAAUGCCACAAAACAACUCACAUCACGUUUCUCUCGAUGUGGGUGCAGCGAAAUCGUGGUAGAUUCUAGUAAAACCUAGUAUAUGAGAAUAGAUUUAUUAUAAUUAUAUACAUUUAUUUCUAUAAAUAUAUAAUAUAGGAAUUUUGAAUCAUUUUGUAAUUCAUUUGCGUCAUGAACUCGGGUCAUCACAAAGAGGUUCGCUUUCCAGAUCUGGAAGGAAACAGAAAGAUUAAAAAUUUCGUAUAUUUUACAUGAGAAAGUGCGCUUGAUAUUUAUUAUAUUAGCUGAUCGAUUCUUAACUUCUAUUUCGAAAUGCAGUAUCACAUAGUGAAGCUGAAAAUAACUCUUGCAAACUUCAUGAAUACACGGAAGAGUCAAUCAGCGAAAAUUAUUGAAAAUCAAGCAGACACGUUCAUGUAAGAUAUAUAAAUUUGUAAUCUUUCGGAUAUCCUACAUAUUUUGUAUUGGAAAAGAAUCAGAAUUUUUUGUUUUUUUUUUGUUAUAUUCAUAUUCUUACAGAGUUUGUCCCGCUCUAUCGAAUCAUAUUAAAAUCCUAGAUAAUGAUGCUUCGAUUUAGAUGUUACAAACAUAUUUAGCUUUUUUGCAAAAAAUGUGAGAUAUAAGAUGCUUCAUCAUCAUAGGCAAAAUGUGCAUCACUUCGAUCAACUAUUUAGAAAUAUAUUUGAUAGAGAUAACGUCAAUUCACAAACAAAGGUCGAAAUAUUUGGGGCACUCUUUAUAAUUUUCUAGGAAUAUUUGUAAGAGAAAUUCAGAUGUGAUUUUCUAACUAGAUUAUGAAAACUUAAAUGCUGUGUUUUCGAAUGUUAUACUUCCAAGAAAAUAAAAAAACAUAGAGAAAUUGUCAUAGACAUUCCUAUUGAUAUUCCUUCAUCUAUUACCAAUCUCUACUUAAUUUUAAUGUUUCGAUAGGUGUGUUUGGUAAAAUUAGCUUCCAUCUAGUAAAUCUUUCAAUCAUAAAAAUAAAACGAAACAAAUUUUGUCGCUCGUUUUUUUAAUCUAUAACCAGAUAUUUUCAACAAAACUUGAUCGAUCAGUGUAUCUCUAACCUAUACAAUACGCAAGUUCCCUAUGCA